CAAAACGUAAUGGAGGAGAACGAGACAAAGUCCGGUUCCGAGGAAUUGCAGGACAGUAAUUGUUCGUUCGUUUGGGAUGAAAAUUCUCAGCUGUACUUCCAUUCCAGUAGUGGAUUUUAUCACGAUCCUGUUGCCGGUUGGUAUUAUAGCAGUCGAGAUGGUUCUUAUUACAAAUUCGAAAAUGGAAGCUAUGUGCUUCUUCAGUUGAACGAGCAGGGUGAAGAAUGUAAGACGUAUCCUGAUAAUCCAUUUAGCGAGGAUCACUUUUCAUUUGAGGCCGCUGAAACUGAUACUUCUAAAUGCAAAGGAAGGGAUGGUGACGGACUACCAUUAGGAGAAAUAGCGGAGGGCGUUGAUGUUCAUGAGCACGAGAAUCCUCCCACAUCUUUGUGGUUAGAAGAUACGCUUAUUGAUCUUUUUUUGUCCGGUUAUUCCAAUUCAGAAGUCUUAGCCACUAAUGACAGCAUCUCUCCUUCGCCUUCAACAACUAAUGAUGCUAAUAACUUUCAGUCAUCAAGUGAUGGCUAUGGCGAUACUCAUAGUAUGCAAGGUGAAUGCUUCCAAGAUGAAAGCCAUGCAAUCAUGAAUUCUAGCGAAAGAGUAUUAGAUGGAGGCUAUGAUGAUACUCUGAAGAUGGAAGGUGAAUGGUUCCAAGAAGAAAAUCACACAGUAUUGAAUCCAACAGAAAAUGCAUCAGAUGGAGGUGUGUCCACGGAUGAGGAUAACUGGAUGGCCCAGUAUGGUCAAGUCACUAAUUAUGAGGAAGCAAUUCCCAAACUCUCUGUUGUGGAUAUCUGGGACUGGUCAACGGUCUCAGAGUCGAAAACAGGAGGAAAGGGGAAGGUUAUGAGGUUGGUUGGAAGACUGGCGAAGAAGUCUGCAAAGCUUCAUCCUUCGGUAUCUUCAAAUGGCACUCUUUUUAAAACAGCUCCAAUAUCUGAAGUGCAUUUAGAUUUGGUUCGAGUUGCAACGGGGAGAAUCUACAAGUUACAUAGUGCUAGUAAGAAACAUUUGGCGUCCAUGUCAAUUUUUGAUUCAUCCAACCCUACAAAAGAUUGGGGUUUCCCUGAUUUAUUAGAUAGGCCAACUGAUCUUGCUAAUAACGAAGCAAAAUUUGCAAUCGCGGUUAGCACGGCUGCACCUACAUUGUUAGAUAAUCUCUCCGCUGCUGGAAAGUGUUCAAACCAAAAUCAAUAUAGAGACAGAGCUGCUGAGAGAAGAAUCCUUCAUGGUGGUUUCGGGGUUGGUCCUGGGCAGAAGAAUUCAGCUAUCGAUCGUGAAGAUUUUACAUCAUCACCUCCUCCCGAGACCACCAUCGUUGAAGCCUUGAAUAUUUCAUUUGGAGCUGGUAGUUACGCACAAAGAAUCUUGAAAAGCAUGGGCUGGAAGGAGGGAGAGGGUCUUGGCAACAGCACGAAGGGGGUGGUGGAACCACUCCAAGCUAUUGGAAAUGUAGGAAACGCUGGAUUAGGCUGGCCUCAAGGAACUAAAAGACUUGACAUCAACAUUCAGCAUCGGCGGAAAUGAUCAUCUCGUCUUUGGGCAGCUGGGGAUUCUCGGUGGGUGGGGAAACAGCCUUAUCCUCAACUAUUGGGCUCUUCGGCUGUUGUUGUAAAGUUUCCCUCAAUGUUUGAAUCUCGCGUUCCUUCUCUGCUAGUUUCUCUUGCAAAACAAUAACCUGAAUAUAUUCCAUGUAGCAAAAGAAAAAAAACCAUGAUGAUGAAUAUUAAAACCACUACUACUACUCGCAAAUAUAUAAGGAGCGAGACAUAUAUACCAAUUCGUUUGAUCUCUCAA